CAUGCUAGUAACUAGUUGUCCCAUAACAAUACUGAAAACCAGUGCACCGAUAGCCUACCACUCAGCGCUUACUAUCACUACUACUAUUUACUAAUGUCAAACUGAAUUGAGGUCCGAGGGUCUUGAUAUCCUCUCUGUUUCCCCCUACCUAUAUGCAAAACAAAUGGAGGGAAAAAGAAUAAGCGAAGAUGAUUUUGAAGAUUGGGACCCAGAUUUCGUAGACCAGGUUUUACAAGAGGUAGAACGCACCAGCAAACAGCAGCAGCAGCAACAUCAUCUGAGUUACUCUCCUCCGCGGCAACUCUCUCACAGGCCUGUUACUUUUGACGACAGCAAAGUUGAUCUUUUCUCCAGUGGCAUUUCUCUUCCUCAAGAUGACGCCAAAGACCGAGAGAUUGACCGCUUAAAGAGAGAGUUGGGUCAUGUCUCCAAGCAGCUUUUGGACCUGGAGCGAGAAUGCUUUGAACUUAGGAAUGAGAGAAACAAAAAAGAGGAGCAGAUUAAAGAAAUGGGUUUUUACCACUUGAAAAAUACAAAAUUGUGAGUUUUUCUGGUGGCUUUUAUUUUCAAUUUUCUGUUUCAUUGCACCUAAGUAUAGUAUUUCCAUGUCCUGGUCCAUUAUCCCUUUUGUUUGGCCUAUGAGAGAAGGCGUUGGCUUGAAACUUUUUUUUCUAUGUAAAUGCCUUCGGUAAUGAUAAAACAAUGUAUUUAUCUUUCCUCUUCA